UUAUGUAUUUUUUUGAUACACGAAGGAUCAAUUGAAGCAAUAUUUCGUAGUUUUUCAACAUUUACACACUUUCUGUUUCAUUAUUAUGCUUGCGCUCAUGGGGUCAUCCAAGUAUCGGCGAGUCAAUAUUAACUAUGAGAAAACGAUUAUCUUAUAAUUGUGCUAGUCGUUUUAAUUCAUCGACGAAGUGGUUAUUGAAUGUUCUACGAGAGUAGAACCAGGAGUACUGUGACGGAUUCAGAAUUAAAGCAAGGCUGGUAUCUCUACCACAAGUGAAGAAAAUUUCCGACAAUUGGAGGGAGUAGAUGUCCUCUCCCUUGGUUCUCCGUUCACGACAGGCCUUAUUAAGAUAAAAAAAUCGCUCGAAUAUUGCUUUAACAAUUCUUAGACUGUUCGGAUAUUUUGGUCCGUUAUGACCCAAUGUCCCUUUCAAGGAACAUUUCCUUUAAGACAUCACAAUGCAUCAAUAGAUUAAUGAAAACAUUGUGGAGUGAUUUUUCUACGAUAGUCUAACGAUGUACCUCGCGAUACCGCUUAAAAAAACAUAUUGUUUCCUCUGACAGUUACUCAAAAUUACUUUUUCUCUUUUUUUUAUGAGCCACAAGAUCAUUUAAGUCGAAGAAAACAAAGAAUAUUGUAUACAGUGUAUUAUUGCAUGUUUUAUUGAAAUUUUCGCAAUGUCCCUUGGAAAGAACAUUGGGCUCUUAAGCGUUAAAUUUCAUAUUAAAAUACUAAAUAUUCUAUUAAAUUAAUUCAAUCAUUUGAAUAAUUCUUCAUUCGAUUUAUAUUCAAUAAAAUUUAUUUCUUAAAAAUUUUUUCGAAAAUAUAUUCAUCGGUUUAUUAUUGUUUGAUUAUUCAAAUAAUUGAAUAAUUAUUUCCAGUCAAUUGAGAUCGAGAAUAUUUUAUAUUGAAACAAAUCAAGAGGAAUUUGUUUUUUCUUUAUUAAUGAAAUAAAAAAUAUCGAAGAAUAAUAUAUUAUUCAAUAUAAAUAUUCUCUUAUUAAAUCAAUUAUUUAAAUGUGUCGAAAAUAAGAUUUUAGUUUUUUUUUGAAAAAUUUUACAUUUAAGAAGAAAGAAAACAAACAAAAAAAAUCAAAUCGAAUUUUUUAUAUAUCUAUGUUAAUUUGCCUAAUUAAUAUUUAAGACGAAUUUCAAUUGAAUUUAACGAGAGUUUUUCGAUUUGGGCAAGUGAGAACAACUUUCAUAUAGAAUAUUUUUGCAUUUAAUUUUUUAUUAUUUAAACAAUUUAAUUUAUAGAAAUAGAAAUAGAAUAGAUAAUUCUCUUCUCUCUCAUCAUGGAUAAAUAUUGAUGAAAUUAAAAAAAAAAUUCUAAAUAGAAAAUCUUCGUUAAUCAUUAAAAUCAAAUAAUGAAAAUUCUUAUAAAUAAUUAUUUUAAUUAAAGAUUGAUCAUUUUUUAAAAACAAGUUUAUAUAUAUAUAUAUAUAAUCUAUCGAAAAAUCAAUGAUCGAGUGUUUUUGAAAUCGAAUCAAAAUAAAUUUAAUAAAUUAUAAUAAAAUAUUUAAAUAUUGAUUGAAAUUAUUUGAAUAUAUAAUAUUAUUAUUUAUUUAUUGUUUUUAAUAAAGAAAUGAUGAUGUACCUGAUUGUUACAAUCGAGUUCGUUAUAUUCGGGAUGCUUGUAAAGUAUUAUCUGAUCUUUGGAAAACCGAUAAAGAUUUUUUAAAUAAAAGUAUUGAUAAUGAUGUUGCACGUUCUUAUCGUUUACCAUAUGGAACAAGUGGAGCUUCAUCGUCAACUAUUCGUCGAACGAUGACUGAAUUUCGAGAUAAUUAUGAAAAAGCUCAACAAAAAUUAGAAGCAGCUGAUGCCAAUUGGAAAAAAUUUCAAACACGAUCUGAUCGUUUAACAUUACCAAAUUUUGAUGAACGUUUACGUGAAUUAGAAGAUAUUCGUUGUGAAUGUGAACAAGCUCGAACAUUAUCACGUGAUAUAUAUGCAGCUGAAACAUAUAAAGUUGCUAGUGAAGAACAUUCAAUAACAAUUAAACUUUUUUAUCAAUAUUUAUAUGAAGAAAAUACAUUUUAUAAUCAUGUAUCGAAAUAUUUAUCAUCAUGA